GAAACGCAUUGGGGCUCAGCGACGUAUUCUCAACCUCGACGAUGGAGGUUCCGUCGUCGCCAAAGCCAUCACCACGCUUAUCGCUACCGCGGGCCAAGCUCAAGUCGCUCCUCGCGCUCAGCAGCCUCGCGCCGCUGCCGCUGAUCCAAGCGCACCACGAGAGCAUCAACGACAACGACGCACAUGUAGCCAAGGCCGAGUUCAACACGGUGCUACCCCAUGUCGUGCACAAGGACAUCUUUGCAGCGUCAGCCGAAGGGUCGCCGAUCGGGAGCGAAGACGAGUCGCGACAGCUCGCACAUCUUCUCGCCGAGUUUGAACGCCGGUUUUGGAAAAAAGCCAACAAGAAGGCGACGUCGUCGCUCGUGUUCCGCCGGCGGUCGCUGGAUCCAACACACGUAGCAACGGACGAGGCGCCGGUCGUCGACCCUACCUCGCUGACGUUCGACUCGAACUUUGAGAGCGCCAACCUCGCGAGUGCGUACCGCGUUCACGACCGCAACUACUCGUUCGUAUCACAGUGCACCAGCAAGCACGGCGACACGGCCGGUCCGAGUCGGGUCGAUCAAGAAUACGACCUCUACUGCACCAACGACACCUACACCCUCGGACACAUUCAGUGGUACUACUUCAAGGUCACGCGGCCGCCAGGCAAUGGCCGACUCCGCGUGCGCUUCAAUCUGCGCAACAUGAUGAAGCGCGACAGCUUGUACAACUGCGGCAUGCUACCGGCCGUCUACUCUGAGGCCAAGGUCAAUGCUGGGAUUGCAGGCUGGACCCACGGUGGCGAAGAAGCCUUCUACUACCAGAACGCCGACGUUUACACGCGCGUACGUCGGGGGCUCCGCCGCAACUUUUCGCAUUAUACGCUCAGCUUUAUCUACACGUUCGAGCCGUCGGAGGACGUUGUGUACUUUGCCCACUGCUUUCCCUACACGUACACGUAUUUGCAAACGUACUUGACGUCGCUCGAGAAAUGCCCGUUGCGCAGUCGCAACCUCCGUCGACGGACGCUCUGCUCGACGCUCUGCGGCAACGCAUGCGAUAUGCUCACUAUCACCGAAUUUACGUCCGAGCCCCAAGUGCUGCGGAAGCGCACGGGCGUCGUGCUCACUGCGCGCGUGCACCCGGGCGAAACCAACGGCAGCUUCUUGCUACAUGGCAUCAUGGAGUUCCUCACGGGCUUCUCGGACGAAGCGAUCGCGCUCCGGAAAUGCUACAUUUUCAAAAUCAUCCCGAUGCUCAAUCCCGACGGCGUCGUCCACGGCAACUACCGCUGCUCGCUCGCCGGCAUCGACCUCAAUCGGCGCUGGUCGCAGCCGUCCGAGCUCUACCACCCGACCAUCUACGCGGCCAAAAAGAUGAUUGCACUCAUGCGCCAGUCGCGCAAAGUGCUUCUCUUUUGCGACUUUCACGGCCACAGCCGCAAGAAAAACAUGUUUACGUACAUCGCAAUCAAGAUGACAAUAUUGUCUGUAACCGACAGGAAUAGGUAUGGGUGUAAGCCGUAUCUAUCAUGGUCGCGCCUCGAAGACGCCAAGGUGCGGCUCUUCCCGUACGUGCUGUGCAAAACAUCAAGCGCUCAAGCCGGGGGCUACUUUAGCUUUACCGAUUGUACGUUUAACGUCACUCGCUCCAAGCGCUCGACGGGCCGCGUCGCGGUCUGGAGUGACAUUCAGAUCCUCAAUAGCAUUACGCUCGAAGCGUCUUUUUGCGGGACCGGCGACAACAAGGCGCGGCGCAGCAUCGCGGCGUUUGCCACGACGACGCCCAACCACACGCCGCGACACUUUACGCAGCGCGACUUUACGUGCUCGGGCGAACAAUUCUGCCACGCGCUGACAACGUACGGCGCUCUUUUGGGGAUCGAACCCAUCGAUGCGACCACGCUUCUCGGUGCGUCGGCUGCCAAGCACGAAGGCGUUCUCGAGCUCCUCGACCUCGAUGAGACGCCGAUCGAGCCAAAUGUACGCGACCCAACACUGCUCACGAGCACGACGGCCUUUGGCGCCAACGAUUUCGCCUACUCGGAGACCGCGCUGAGUCUUCUUGACGAGAUUGCAUCCUGCGUACCCAGCCCGUCCGACGGUGCGGCCGAGUCGGAAAACUCGAGCGGCUCCGACUCGAACCCGUCCGAAGACAACUACGAGCCCGAGGAACUCGAAAGCAACACCGCGUGGCAAGCCUUUCGGCGCAAUGUCGUGCUGCGACGGUCGUCAUCGGCACUCAAGAGCGCAUCCGCGGGGCCAAACUCGGGCCGCACUGCGUCGCUCACGCUCUCGUCGUCGCUGGCCAAAAAAUCGAUUAAACUGCGCAAGAAAGUGCGCCGGAGCAGCACGACGGGCACCCCGCGCGUGACAGUGAGCGAUGCACCUGCUGUAGUUGCCAAGGCCGAUGGCGGCCCCCACCGCAGUCCGCGCGUUGCCCCACUACCGCUGCGUCGCGUCGAGGUCAAGAACGCCGGUGGGUUUGCGCAGUUUCACAAAAACAUGAUUCAGCGCCGCAUCCACCAGUCACAGAUCGUCAUGCGACCGCCGCCGUGA